AGUGCUCGAGCAGGCGGGCGCCAUGUCGGACGGGGUGGAGGACGAGGUGGAGCACCCCGUGUGCCGGACGCUGUUCCGACAGUCGUCGCUGGAGAUGCGGGUGGAGGCGGAAGAACCGCCGGAUUCCUCCGACUCCGAGGAGGUGGAAUACGCGCAGGUGUGCAAGCCUCGCGUGGUGGACGCCGUGCUCAAAGCGAGCCACCCGGCCGUGAGCAUAACGCCUCCCUCGCCGCAAGAGGACCAGCCUCCCAAGCAGUGGGUGCGGUCGCCAGCUCCGCCCGAAAAGGAGAAGCAGGAGGGGAAAGAAGAGGAGAAGGACGAAGGUGGCGGCGGCGACAAGGUGAAGCACUCGGAUAAGAAUAAGGAUGAAGACACUCAGGACAAGAAUGAGGAAGACCACCAGAUGGACAAGAAUAAGGAUGAGGGCACUCAGAAGGACAUGAAAAAAAAGGACCAAGAUCAAGAUCAGGACCAGGACAAGGAGGACGGACACAAGGUGCAGGUGCGCUUCAAGGACCCUCCAGAGCACAACGAAAGGCACUCCUACGUGGGCACGCUGCGAGGUCUGGCGACCAAGAGCUCCAAGAACAGCAGCGCUAGCGCCAGCUCCCACGCAACUGCGAGGCCGACUUCAACAGCAGCAACAGGAGCAGCGAUGGCGUCGCCCAGGCCUAAAAGCCCUCGUCCUCCAGUUACACGCAAAGACGAGAAGGAGGAAUCCUUCUGGGAGAAGAUCGGCACCCUCGGACGCAAGAAACGCAUCAAGGAAGUCCAAGAAGUUCAGGAAGAAGGCAAACAUGCCAUUGAUUCUCCUGGCAGCCCCACUGCCCCAGACCUUCCUCCAGAAGACUACACUUUGGAGGAGAAUGAAGAACGUUCCAUGAUAGAACCACGAUCUUUUGAUGAUCCAAAGUUACGAGAACUCAUAGCAGUGUUAAUAGAGUGGAUCAAUGAUGAAUUGGCUGAUCAAAGAAUUAUUGUAAAAGACAUCGAAGAGGACUUGUAUGAUGGCCAAGUGCUACAGAAACUACUUGAAAAGCUAAGCAGUCAGAAGCUUGAUGUCCCUGAAGUAACACAGUCCGAAGAAGGUCAAAAACAGAAACUGGGUAUUGUUUUGGCAGCAGCAAACAAGGUUCUUGGUCAUCCUCGGUGGUCACAACAAAAAUGGAGUGUAGAAAGCAUUCACUCAAAGAAUCUUGUUGCAAUUUUGCAUCUCUUGGUGGCUCUUGCUCGACAUUUUCGUGCUCCUGUUCGCCUUCCUGAAAAUGUUGCUGUAGAAGUGGUAGUUGUUCAGAAACGUGAGGGAUCUCUUAGCCAUCGAACAGUUUUGGAAGAAAUAACUUCCCAUUAUGAUGAAUUGGGAAUGCGAUGUGAAAGAGAUGCUUUUGACACUUUAUUUGACCAUGCUCCGGACAAACUUCAAGUUGUUAAGAAGUCUCUGGUCACAUUUGUCAACAAACACCUCAACAAAGUCAAUCUGGAAGUCACAGAUUUGGAUACCCAGUUUCAUGACGGAGUCUACCUCACAAUCCUCAUGGGUCUCCUGGAAGGGUUUUUUGUGCCAUUGUACAGUUUCCAUCUGACUCCCCAAGAUUUUGACCAGAAAGUUCAUAAUGUGUCAUUUGCAUUUGAAUUAAUGCAAGAUGUUGGGAUAGCAAAACCCAAAGCUCGCCCUGAAGAUAUUGUGAACUUGGAUCUAAAAUCAACACUUCGAGUUUUGUAUAAUUUGUUUACAAAAUACAAAAACAUGAGCUAGUCAUUGUUUAACAUAACUUGCAUUUUGUAUAAAUGGUGCUGCAUCAUACUGCCUUACUCCACAAAUAAGUAUUUUGGAGAACAAUCAUCUGAAAUCAGCAAUCUCGCUAUAUCUUUUGUCAACAAAUAUGUAAAGUAUUAUUUUUAUAAUGAAGAAAAUGUCACUUGCCUAGCUGAGAUUCUUGACAGUAAAGAAUGAUCUCGCAGGCAGCCUCCUCAUUAGUACAAGUAUUCUGUAUCUUUUAUAUGAACAGCAAAAAUGUUCAUUGCAGCUUACACAGAGCUUUGAGAUCACUUAAAUUUGUCAAUAUUUAUAUAAAAUUAAAAACAAUUGUUAAUGAUGUAUUUUUAGAUGUUUCUGUUAAUAUUCUUGAGAUACAUAAUGAAUUUUAAAAUUUGUUAGCUCUCUGAUAUCCAAAUACCCUUUAUAAUAAAUAUUAAUUACCAAGUGACCUUACCAAAUACAUAAGAAUUAAUUUUCAUAAAUGUUGUAUACACAUUUUUAUUUUAUGUUAUGAAUAUAACAAGCAUAACUCUACAGUGAAAGAAUUAUGAAAAUUGUAAAAUCUUGCCCUCAUUAAUUUAACAGUGAAAAUACACUGUAAUACACUAAAAUGUCUUUUCUUGCCUGGUCUUUCCUGGAAUAUCACUUAAUUUUCUAAGGAAUUAUAAAUUACAACAGAUAGCUUGAACAUUUUUCAUUAGGAGUCUGGGAAAACAAAAUUUUCAGGCAGUCAGAAGAAUGAUGGUCAAAAAAUUAUUAGAAAUCAGAAGUCAUAAAUUAAAUAUUUCUGUCAGUGGAAACUUAAUAAAUACAACUUGAAAAUAGUUAAGGCAAAUUCUAGCUGGUGAUAAAGAAGUGUGAAUAAAAUGCACAAUUGAUGCAUUUGCAACCAAAAGUACUUAAUUCUAUAAUUUACCAAAAUCCAUUUAUUUCAAAAAACUUAUCUUCAUAAGCUCUUGAAAAGAUAGUGCAAAUCCAUCUAAACCAUUGGGAACACAUCCUGUUUACAGCAAAUUCCAUGUCAACACAAUUUUUUACUAGUGUAGAAGUUUUGAAAGUGCAAUGAGCUAGUUUUUGAUAGCUAACUUGUGAAUUCUAUUAUCUAUGACUUUUUUUUGGUUGUAGUAAUAUCUGGAUCAGCAUAAAGAAUAACACAGAAUUUGAGAAGUUAGUGUUUAAUCGCCUGCAGUAAUUAUUACGCCCUUCAGGCACACCUUUACUUAAGAUAUUCUCUUCUUAUAAGUUAAAAUUAUUCAAAAAAAAUAGUAAAUGAAUAAAAUAAAAUAUCUACAUUUUCACAAGCAGUUUGAAAUUAAAGUCUUCCAAAACAAAAAAGGCCUACAAGGGAUAAGGGAAUAAUAGUUGUACAAAUAGUCUCUAUAAAAAAUUACAAAUCCAAUAAAAUAAACUAAAAACACAAUUAGCAUAUAAACUGGCAUUUAGAAACAAAGAAUAAAAAUAAACAAGUUAAAGACAUUGAAUGUUAGGAGAAAAAAAGGAUUUUUGUGGAUAUGUGGAUCUAUCCAGCAUGUCCUACAGAUAGAAAUGAGGUGACGCUUACCUUACCAAAGCAUUCUAUAAUUACGGUUUUUACUGAGUAAGUCCUGCAAAGUUCACAAUUUUCUGAAGAAUUAAUGUUUCACUUUCUUUUAAAUGAAUAAAUUCCAAUUUUGCAUGUUUGCCUAAUCCAGCACAAGAAGAUGAUUUUAUUGAAAUAAUGUCCUUGUUUUCUUCAUUUGUUUCAUCAAAUAACCACAGGGUAGAACUGAAGUAAGUGUCAACAAUCAUAUUAACAAGGUUUCCCUGUCUUUGAUUUUGCUCAAAAGAUACUAACAAUACAGUGUCAUUCUUACAUCUUUUUGCACAAACUGAAGUAGCGUCAAUAAGAGAAGCACAUAUUUUGGCACUAUGAACUUCAUGUUCAUAUUUUUCUUGGAUGUUCUCCUCCUCAGGAAAUAAUUUGCAAUAGUAAUUAAGUUUCUCUACUAUUAUUACUCUGGGGACAUAAGGAUGAAUAUGCAUUUUAAACAUAUGCUUCAAGAGAUCUUGCCAUUGUUGAAAGUAAAGAAACCGAAUUAGGCUUACGGUAUCUCUAGUGGGCUGAUCAGUACCAUGUAUAGUUGGUGGCAACUUUUCCCAAGGCGAUGGCGCAAUAUAAAGUACCUUAAAACCUUGCUCUGAAUAAUAAUUAGCGCACUGAAAGAGAAAAGUUGACAUUAUGUUGGAAGUCACGCCUGUCAAGAAAACAGUAUUGACAUUGUCCGGCUUCAUUUUUGAACCAAAAAUAUUUACUUUUUUAUAACCUUAACGUCAAAAGUUCUUCAUUAUCGUUCUGAAGCGUGACAAUUUCAAGUUUCACGCCAUUUCUUGAACACACCACCAUAGUACAUUCCCGUAUGUAUACGUAAUCCACCAUGAUUCCCGCCAAGUAAAUACGUGCGUGUGUGAACAUGACAAUGUAUCGAUUUGAUUUGAAGUCGAUAUGAGAGUCCGGUAGUUGACUUGUGCUGCUAUCUAUGAAAUGGUUUUGUACUAAGUGAACGUUGAGCGAUUUGAAGUCAUGAAAAAAAUGUAGUACGGAACGGCAAAAU